AGGCAACCUCUUCCUGCGCAAGCCAGGCGACCUGCCUCCUUUGUUGUCCCCAGUUCGUGUCAUUAGCUGCAGGCAGCAGCUCGAGCUGCUAAUUAAUUUUUCAGUGUUACCUGUUCACCUGCGAAACCUGAUGCUGGGGGGUGCUCGUGGGGGUGGGGGUGGGGGUGGCGAUGCCGCGCUGCCUGCCUGCCUGCCUCUGUGGUGCCAGCGGUUCCUUAGCAACGCAGCCGCUGCUCUGCGGGAGAGCGAGCGCUGUGCCUGUGGCCCACAGCCUGGAGGAUAGCAGCCCUGAGCCCUCAUUUUCUUCCUCUCUCACAGGGGCCGCUGUCUCUUCUCAGAUGCGCAAAUCUCCCGUGGCCUGAGGCACGCCGCGAGAUCACCGCUCUGUGAAGAUGGAAAGGAGGCGCCUGAGGAGGGACAUCGAGGCCUUGCUGGGAGAUUACAUUGGUCAGAGACUCCGAGAAAAUGGAUUUGAUCCCAAAGGAAAGAGGGUUUCCACUGUGCUGGAUGACUUGGCUCAUUAUGACCUGGCCAUUGCAGUCGCUCUUCAUUGGCUGAAUGAAGACGAAGGAGGAGACGGUGUUGAAAAAGACACAAGAUGCAAGGAAUACCCCCGACCUGGCAGAUACCCCAACAGGCUGGAGCGUGAGGCCAUGAUCCUGUCCUCCUUUGCUGGGACAGUCCUGAACAGGCUCCCGGUGGAAGAUGUGCUGUGCCUCUACAGGUGUAAGCCCUCCACGACGUACGCUCAGAGGAGCAGCCAGAGCCCGAUCGUCCACCCCUUCACCCUCUCCUCCCACCCAUUUGCGAUGCUCACUGCGCACGAGGCUGUGGAGCGCGCCAAGAAGCACACACAGAGGCUGCAGUUCUGGAAAUCUGAGAAGUGCAAGCUGGGGAACACUGCAGAUCAGAACCUCCCAACACAGCCCAGCACCUCCAGCACCCCCAGCAGCACAGAGACCUCGCUCAGCGUCUCCGAUGACUCGACAGAAGAAGCAGAAGAUAGAAACGGCUCGGAGGAAUCGUUUCAUGCCUACAGGGAUACGACCGACUAAAUCAUGGCUCUUAUUUUAAGGCCGAUGGCCAUUAAGGAAGAGGAAACAUCUCGCACAGUUGUUGUUUUGUGAAGGCGGUCUGGCUGCUGUUGAAGUGGACUGGGGUCAGUCCACAGCUGGCCUGUCAGUCUCUGAUGGCGAUGGUGGCGUGUUGAGUGCACAGACUGAAAUGUAGCAAAGGACUGUAAAGUCAAUCGUUUUCUCACUGCUGACAGGAAGGUUCAGUUUUGUAUUCUCUCAUGCUUCCCCGUAUCUGUUGAAUUUAAUACACUAGAAACUAUAUUAAUGUUGAAGUGGGACAGAUAUUUCGACUCAUGUUCACACUUCUAGAGUUAGUGUUUAACUGUGUGGUGGAGAGACUGCAGAGGUGAGUUAGCUUAGCCCUACAGGCCUGUAUCAGUUGGCAAACUGCUCCAGGGUCUGUUACGAACUAACUUUGUAAGAACAACAGUAACUCAUUUGCUCCUAACGAGAGAAGGAGUGAUCAGCUUAGAAGAACAUCAUCCAGAGCCUGAGCUGAAAUACCUGUCACAGACUACAUGUGGCUGUAGUGUAUAAAAAGGGUUCGAAAACUCGAGCGGUCUGUGUUCUGCAGGGCUGACCCCACGCUGUGUUGCUGUGUGUAUUGAGCUCAAUAAAAGCUGACUUUGCA